CUGGGAGUUCUGAGUGAAGCGGAGUGAGGUGGUGGGGACGCGGCGGCAGCACUGACAAUGAGUUUUCUUGGAGGCUUUUUUGGACCCAUCUGUGAGAUCGAUGUUGUCCUUAAUGAUGGAGAAACCAGGCAAAUGGCUGAAAUGAAAACUGAAGAUGGCAAAGUAGAAAAACACUAUCUUUUUUAUGACGGAGAAUCUGUUUCAGGAAAGGUAAACCUAGCCUUUAAGCAACCUGGAAAGAGGCUAGAGCACCAAGGAAUUAGAAUUGAAUUUGUAGGUCAAAUUGAACUUUUCAAUGACAAGAGUAAUACUCAUGAAUUUGUAAACCUAGUGAAAGAACUAGCCUUGCCUGGAGAAUUAACUCAGAGCAGAAGUUAUGAUUUUGAAUUUAUGCAAGUUGAAAAGCCGUAUUAAUCUUACAUCAGUGCCAAUGUCCGCUUGAGGUAUUUUCUUAAAGUGACAAUAGUAAGAAGACUGACAGAUUUGAUAAAAGAAUAUGAUCUUAUUGUUCACCAGCUUGCCACAUAUCCUGAUGUUAACAACUCCAUUAAGAUGGAAGUGGGCAUUGAAGAUUGUCUACACAUAGAAUUUGAAUAUAAUAAAUCAAAGUAUCAUCUAAAGGAUGUGAUUGUUGGAAAAAUUUACUUUUUAUUAGUAAGAAUAAAAAUCCAACAUAUGAAGUUGCAACUGAUCAAAAAAGAGAUCACAGGAAUUGGACCCAGUACCACCACAGAAACAGAAACAAUUGCUAAAUAUGAAAUAAUGGAUGGUGCACCAGUAAAAGGUGAAUCAAUUCCAAUAAGACUGUUUUUAGCGGGAUAUGACCCAACUCCAACAAUGAGAGAUGUGAACAAAACAUUUUCAGUAAGGUACUUUUUGAAUCUAGUCCUUGUUGAUGAGGAAGACAGAAGGUACUUCAAGCAGCAGGAGAUCAUUUUAUGGAGAAAAGCUCCUGAAAAAUUGAGGAAACAGAGAAUAAACUUUCACCAGAGAUUUGAAUCACCAGAAUCACAGGCAUCUGCUGAACAGCCUGAAAUGUGAACUGAAUAGGAGAAAAAAAGAAAAACAAAAAACUCCUAUAUCCAUUGAGAUUAAGUUCAGCAGGUUAAAGAUGGUUGCAGCUUGUAGUGGGGGAAAAGGCCAAAACUCCAUUUAUAAUAGUCUUCCUUUAUCUUACAGUGCUGCAUUUAUUUUAUGAUACAACUAAAUGUUCUUCAUGUAUAUACAUUAAAAAAAGCGCUUUCUUUGAAACACUGGAACUUUCUUAAGCUGCCGUUUUUUCUUUCUUGUAUUUUUUUUUUUUACUGCACACUUUGACCUGAUAAUAAGCACUCAGAUAUGCAUAAACAUAAACAUUAAAGAUUUUCAUGUGAGUAGGCUGGUAUUUGUAAUUUUGCUUUUCUUAGUAAUGUUGAUUAUAAAUACUUUUCUCCUUUUUCAUGCUAAUAAUUACCUCUUAUUCUCUACAUGCAAAAAAUUAAGUAUUUCGUGUUCAAAUAAAGAAAGAAAAAUUGAAUGGGCCUUAAAUCCUGCAAAGAUUUAAAACAUGGCAUCUCAAUAUUUUUGAGGAAUACAUUUGUUUCUACAUGUGUGUUUGAGAAAUACCUAUGGAGUGUUUCACUGUAGGUGCUUUUGAUUCCACCAUUCCAUGGCUUCCUGAAUUGUAUCCUCUUUGAAGUCUUCUGUUUUGUGAAUGUUAAAAUUUUUCCCCGAGAUUAUGUGGCAUGUCACCGUGGCCUGCUUCCUUCCUUCCUUCCUCCUUGCCUUCCUCCCUCCCUCCUUCUCUUCCUUUUCUCUUUCUUUCAUUCAUUCUUUUCUUUCUUUCUUUUUUGCCAUAUUAAGUAACUAUUUUGCUAUUACUAUCCAGCAGGUACCACUGUAUGUUUUCUGCAAUGUAGAGUUGACUCUGUUGGCAUUUUCGAAUUUUUUAAAACUAUAUCAUUUUUCUGUAACUACUUUGAAUUUUUUUUUUUAAUUUAAGA